AUGAAACCCAGCUGCACAAAUGCCAAAACCUGUGAAGAUGUACAGCUAAAGAUAUUGGCUGGCAAAGUGAUGGCUGACAGACAGGAGGAGCUCCAAAGAAAACUCAGAAAUGUUAAUAGUUUGCAGAUCAAAGAGAAACUCGGCUGGGGCAGGGGGGAGCAAGGUGUUUGUUUCAGGAUGUACACAGAAGAAGAAGCUAGGAAAUUAGGAGUGGUUGGCUGGGUUAAAAAUACCAGUCAAGGAACUGUAACGGGCCAGGUUCAGGGCCCAGAAGAUAAAGUAAAUGCAAUGAAAUCCUGGCUGAGUAAAGUUGGAAGCCCAAGUUCUCGCAUAGAUCGAACAAAUUUUUCCAAUGAAAAGGAGAUUCCCAAGCUUGACUUCACAGGAUUUAGCACUAGAUACUAACAGAAGAAAACACUGCCAAGCACAAAACAGUGAUGUUUCUGCUGCAUGAUAUUUAAUGUGCCUCCAUAAAAUGUCACAAGACCAUUUCGAUGCUUUCUAUACUCGAGAUAAAAGUAAAUGGUCCCUGUUCCAAUGAAGUAAGAGUUCUUAGUUGCAGUGUUAGACAUUUUACACCAUGAAUGGCACUAUGUAAAGUGCCAAAAUCUUAAUUUAUUGCAUCUUGAAAGCUAGCUGAAUGGUUAAAAGUGUCAGUGAUUAUUUGUGCCCCAUGAGACUUGUAUAUGAUCAUAUGGCAUGUAACCUUUGCACUGUGAGUCAUAUUUUAGAUGCAAAAUAAUAAACUUAUGUUCUACUCUAAUCUCACCAAAAAUAGUCACCUACAGUGCUGGAACAUAGAGAUCUAUUUUAACAGCUCUGUAUUACAGAUCGUGGUAUUUGUGAUAAUUACUUAAGGUGUAGUGGUAAUUUACAAUAAAUGUAUGUUGCCUUAAACUAAGGUUAUCUAAUGAACUCUGCCAUAAAAAAAUCUUUCUAAUAAUGUAUAUAAGUCCUGGAACAAGAUGAUGAAAUGUGUGGCCUCUCAUACCUUUUUCUCUUGGUUAUCUACAGCUCAAAUCCAUACUUACUGUAAAGGAUGCUUUGAUCUCUUUGGGUUUUAGGUGUUCUUACUGCAGUUGAAGAUUUUGGGUUUUUUCCUUACAGAUGUGUACUUGUCCCUGAGUUAAUAAGUGUUGGAAUCCAAUUCCACGUGAUGCAACACAUACGUCAUAUCAAGUACAUGAAAGGUCCUGAGAAGCUUGAGUUACGUGCUUGCAAUAAAUAUUGGAUAAGUCUUUGCAGUAUUGGA